CGUGUGUUUUUGUUAUUGUUGUAGGUUAGUGGAACAGCUGAGAGCGAAGAGACAUCGUUGUGCAUCUUUAAAAAAACGUUUAAUCGUUUUCUGACACGGAUGGACUUUGUCUGCCUUUAAUCUAAAUAGGGACGGAUCAAUUGGACAAUCUGCAGAGCAAACAGAUCAGAAUAAGGUACUCACCAGUGUUAUUGUGUUGCCAUGGAGAAGGCUUGGAGGGUGGAGUUUCGGAACGUGGGUAGUAGCUACUUCCCUCAGAGCCGCGUGGAAUGCCACUACAGCAUCAGCUCGCAACAUACCUGGGCCAGCCAUGACUGGGUCGGACUCUUCAAGGUGGGAUGGUUGUCAGUGAAGGACUACCACACCUUUGUUUGGGCCCUGGCCCCGGAAGGCUACCAGGAAGGCACAGAUGUCAACUGCUGUGUUAACUUCCAGGCCUCCUAUCUGCCCAAGUCCAGUUCCCAGCAGUACCAGUUUGUGUACGUGGAUGGGAAGGGAGAGGUGUGCUCUGCCAGCUCCCAGUUUACCUUCAGCGCCCCUAAACCUUUGGAGGACCUGGUCACCCUGGAGGAAGGAGCCCACGGAGAGGAGGGGGGGACCGACAUGCUUCUGGUCGUACCCAGGGCCGAGCUACUGCAGAGUCGCCUGCAAGAGUGUCUUCGGGAGCGAGCCGAGCUGCUCCAUGCACGGGAGUCAGCCGAGAGGAUGAAGGAGAGAGAGAGGGAGAAGUACAGGAGGGCAAGAGAGGCGUGGGACAGAGGCUGUGAGGAGCUGGAGAGGAACAUCGCAGACCUGAAGGAAGAGCUGCGAGAAAGCAGAGACAGGGUGGAAGAGAUGGAGAGGAGACAGGAGGAGGUGGAGGCAUCAGGAGAGGCCUUGGCUCAAGAGAAGAGCUCCAUACUGACUAUGAAAGCAGCCAGCGAACAGCGAAUCAGAGAGCUGGAGGAUGACAUUAAAGCCCUGGCACUGAAGGCUUUGGAACGAGAGACUGAACUGGAGAGGAUGAAGGAGAGGGCUAAGAAGCAAGCAGUUCAAAGGAGGGAGGAGGAGAAAGAGAGGAAAGUUCUGCAGCUCAAGCUGGAGCAGUCCGAGGGGGAGCUGCGCAGUCUGUCUGCUGAGUUCCAGGGUCUGAGGAGCUCCCUGGCCCAGAGAGACACACACGCCCUACAGCUACGUGACACCAUCACCACCCUCACAUACAGGCUGAGUACGGCGCAGCGGAAAGAGGCGGAGAGCGAGGCCGCCCUGGCUGAGAUGCGGGGCCUGCGGGAGCGUCUGGGGGCCAGCGAGCGUUGUGCCGAGGGCCUGAAGGGAGAGCUGUGUGCCCUGGUGGCCCAGAGGGACCAGGGCCAGACAGAGCUGCACCAGGCCAGGCUCCAAGCGGCACAGCUCACCCUGCAGCUAGCCGACGCCAGCCUGGCCCUGAGGGAGGCCAGAGCACACUGGGCCCAGGAGAGACAGAGCCUGCAGUGCAGCACUGAGAAGGCCAGAGAGCGUCUGGAGAAGCUGAAUGGAGAGACGCAGCGGAUAGAGAAGAAGCUCCAGGAGGAGAGGAUGGAGAGAGAGAAGGUGGAAGUGGAGCUGGGAAGAGAGAAGGACUGUAACCGGGUGCAGCUGGGUGAGACAUGCAGGGAGCUCCAGGAGCUGAAGGCCAGUCUGAGGGUGGCCCAGAAGGAGAAGGAGCAGCUGCUGCUGGAGCAACAGGACCUGAUGGAGUACAUGGGUCAGGUGGAACAGAGGAGGGAGGCUUUGGCAGAUGCCAAGUGGAGCGCUGCGGUGUUCGCCUCCACCAGCCUCCAUGACAGUCCUCUGUCUGACUCUGAGGAUGAGAACCCUGAGGCCCUGCAGCCCUCCCGCCAACCCUGCAGGCAGCCCCCACCCUCCUCCCGCCCCCUUGCCCACUACAGCCUGUGUGACCCCCAGGCCCAGCCUGACUCCCUGCUCCCCUCCACCCCCCCCUCCUCCCCCAGAGACAUGUCCCGGUCCCUGUCCCGAGGGGGCGUCGUCAUCAGCCAGCCCGCUCCCCUGUUGUUGCCCAGGCAAUCGGGCGGAGACACCCUAACACACAGCUCUGAGUCGGAGGAGGAGAAUAACACCGACCAGUGCGGAGGACACAGCUCUGGAGAGGAGGCAGCCCUGCUGCUGCCUGAGACCACAGACACAGUCCUCAGUGACCUGGCUAAUACCUCUCAGUGGUAGAGAGCGGAGAUACAGGACCAAGUCAACAGCAUCACUGUCAGUGUGUUCUUUACUUUUAAUUCAGUAUUCAGCGCACACACACACACACACAAACACACUACAACUCACCUCUCUGACAAAUGAUGUUAAUAUGCAAUUUGCUUCUACAUUUUUCUAUGAACUUCUUCUUUGAUGUGUGACUUCUAGGCUGUUGUGCUGCACAUGCACAUAACAUGGUCCUAAGGAUGACAUAAUGCCUGUUAUAACAGGUCGUGACAGCUCAAAUCAUAGUUACGACCUCUCGUGGCUGUUCUAAAGCGUGAAACGCUUCAACAUUUAAGUCUUAGUUAGAUGUUUAAUAGUUCAUGUUUCAUAACAGGGUUAUUUUGGUUGCAGGAGGAGUGAUGUUGGGAGCUUUACGACCGGCGUUAUGUCAUUUUUAUGACGCCGUUAUUAUGAGGCAUCAUGACAGCCACUGUAAUUAAGAUAUUUUGAGUGAAUGUAUCCGUCUCCUUUUUAAAAUCUAAAAGUUGAUUUGAGCACUUCCGUCGGUGCGACAACUUUAAACGCUUCAGACUUCUGUAAUAAUAGUCAUUAAAACGUACUUAGACUUUUGUUUGAAGAAUCAUUGUAAAGUACAGAUAUGUAUAAUGUUUUUUCUCCUCAUAUUCAAACCUGAGAUGUUAUAUUAUAAGCAUUUUCUGUUAUUCAUUAUUAGACAUUUAAAUUCCUACUUUAUAAGGGGUGUUGUAGUACUAGUUGAAAGGAGACUCAAAGGUAGAGAGGCGUCCAAAAUGGGGGAGAACGGUUGAAAACGCUUCUGGAAAAGGGUGGCAGUUUGAGGGCGAUCGGGUUGGGGAGGGCGAUCGGGUUGGGGAGGGCGAUCGGGUUGGGCGAUCGGGUUGGGGAGGGCGAUCGGGUCGGGGAGGGCGAUCGGGUUGGGGAGGGCGAUCGGGUUGGGGAGGGCGAUCGGGUCGGGGAGGGCGAUCAGGUCGGGGAGGGCGAUCAGGUUGGGGAGGGCGAUCAGGUUGAAUGUAGACUGGAAGAGACACUCUAGAAAGGUGGUUGCUACUAAUUAGGGCGAGAGGAAUGACAUUUUGAUGUUCUCUCAUGUUUGUUUUGUUGGACAAUAUAUUUGACUUCCAAUAUUCUAUCCUCCGCAACAUACAGCUAUUGCUCCUGCAUGCUGGUAGCUGUAGAGCCACUGCAAUACUUUUGUAUUUGAUACCAGAUGUCAAUGUUAAAGCGGGGUGUUGUUUUAAAGCAAGAAUAAUGUGUGUUUAGAACGUCCCAGAAGAUCAUUAGUAAUGCGCUAGAUUCACUGUGCGCGGUAUACAGAAACGACCUGCUUCAGAGGGACGAAGCCAUUUUAAAUUUGUACCUAAAAGAACAAAUUGGUAAACGAAGGAAUUUCAUCAUAACAUCAUCUAAUUUAUGGACACCGACGUUGCAAUACUUGUUAUGGGGUGUUGUUCCUAUAGCUCAUGGAAGUCUGGCCUGGACUAGAUUACUACUGGGUCAAUAAAUACAUUUUUCAUGAUUUUCUACCAAUACUCCGCUUGUGUUAUAUCGUAAUGAAAUUAUAUGACGUUUUAGUUUAAGCUACAGAGUUGAUACGUGUAAUAAGAAGAAAAUACUAAAGCCAGGGUUUAAAAGCUAAGGAAGAAUAAUGCGCUAGGGGCAACUUUGCUUGGCCGAUAUGUAAUUGGCUGCACUCUGUUAUUUUGCAAUAGGAGAUGCUCUUCGUUUGACACGGCGACGCUCGUCAUUCAUCCUGUUUGUGUCAUGUCAUCUCUCAUCCAUAAUCAUUACCAUCGUGUGUUGUAUUUCCUCUUUGUUUUUUUACGACUCGUUUCUUUUUUCUUUCCCCCUGAUUUGUCUGUCUGAGGGUCAAUUGAACUGUAUUAUCUAUCACGACUUUCCCGGUAAGGGUUGAAGAGUUCGUCCAAAGGGUCGAGGUGUUGGUGCCACUAUACAGGACAACAGUUUGCUCACACAUGGGUUGUAAAAAAGCCAUAGUGAAAAAGUGUGACGUCAGUAACAUUACAACCCAGUCCGUCAUAAUAACAACUUUGUCAGCGCUGCUCAGUUGAAGGUUGUGCUUCAAUACGUUUUGGAGUACCCUCAUCUCUGCACCCGUUGAGCUAUACCUGUGGUGUAGUUUAGUACUACACAUCUGUUUGCCACCCUGGGUGCGAGUGAUUUUGACGUCCUGGCAUGUGCACCAAAUGUUCCGUAGCACUGAGAUCGACGGGUGUUUUGUCGUCGUCAGAUCUAGACUUCCGUGGGAAGUUCUACGUCUACGUCUACUGUGAGCUACGUGGGUGUGUAGUGUAACUGCUAUUCAGGACAGCUGCCUACUCCCAUUGCAAUAAGGCUCCCAGUGGUUUUCUGGUGUGUAUGUUUGUUUGUUGAGGUCAUCUUACUUAUGAAAAAAUUAUAAUAAUUAAAAAAAAGUAGUUAUUGGUAAAUACUAUAUACUGUCUGUUCGUGUGGGUGGGUUUCUGUAAUAAAAUAAACAUGUACGUGUAUCAA